AUGGUGCUGCCAAUCACAAACCCCACCAGGUCAUUCUGGAUCGACGGUGCCGACUCGGCCUUGCGAAACCACCGUUCCACCCCAGGGCUGAUAUCCUACGUGAAUAACUACCGCCUCCAACUCCCCCCGCCGUACAACACUAUCAUCCUCGGCAGCGGCAAACCCGCUAUAGCCGCCCAUCCCGAGCCCAGUAUCCUCAGCGACGAGGAAGACUAA